GUACCGAGAGGACGCAGUGGAGCUCUUAUUGAAAAAACAUAGGAUCCGAAGCGAGGAAGAAAACCAAGUAAAAAUGGUAUCCUGGAACUAUUUGGUGGCUUUAUGUCUCUUGAUUGCCGGCAGCCAGCUGGUUAUUUCAGAAACAACUAAAGCCACAGAAGUUGCGUCUUCAGCUUCACAACAAAACACACAGCCAUCCGAUAGGUCACAAAUUGAUCUUGGAAACAUAUUUCAACUUUUGCUACCUUUAUUAAAUGGUGCUAAUAACGAUUCAGCUAUAGACGUCAUGGGAUUACUUCAACAACUGACACCCUUGUUAAGUGGUAAUGGUGGUAUUUCCGGUAUAUCUGAUCUACUGAAUAUGAUACCAAGUCAGCUUCUUGGUGAUAAAUGUGCUAAAGAUGGUCUGGAACUACUGAAAGACUUAACAUCUUUUAAGAUGUGGGCAUUACAAAUGAUAGAUGCUAGUGGAAAACCAUCUAGAAAUUUAUUACAAGGAAACAAUAUAUGGUUUGGUAGUUAUGAUGAUUGUUUAAAAAUACAUCAUACAGUUCCUGAUAAUACUGGACAUGUUAUAGAUGGGGCCUAUGCCCAAAUAAAUCUUCAGUUACCUCCUAAUAUAACUGCAAUUUUCAAUUCUGGCUUAGGGAUGUUUGGUGGUCAAGCUCUUGGUAUACGAUGGGAUCUUUGUAUUCCCAAAUCAUGUUCCGGUGAUCAAAUUAAAUCCAUGUUAAAUAUCACACAGUUAAGAUCUCUGGGUUUGACAGUGGCAUCUGUUGAUUUCGCUGGUCCGAAAUCCCUUGAAGGUGAUACAGCAGCUUACGUUUCUAUAGCAAUUCUGGGUUGUUUUGUAUUGUUAUGUAUUAUUGGUACAAUAUGGGAUGUUGUACAAGAUAGAUAUACCAUUUCAAAAAAAACGUCUGGACAUCAGGUUCAAAAUACCUGUAAACAAAAUGGCGUCAAUGGCGUUCAUUUAAAAGAAGUAACUAUUUUAAAUGACAAAACACAAUUUUGUAACGGCGGUGAAUCAAACGUAAAACAAGGAUUAGAUAACCCAUCGUUUACGCCAGUUGACCAAUCUCAAUCGAAUGGUACAUCUCAAACGAAUGGAAUAUCACAACCAAAUGGUAUCUCAAAAUCAAGUGAAAAUUCCCAGCCAAAAAGUACUUGUAAUGGAGUUGGUGAAAAGACUAACUCAAAGUCCGUCCCAGAAAAAUCUUCCUUAUCUAGAAUAUUUUUGGCUUUUUCUGUUCGUGAAAAUGGUAGAAAAUUAUUAAACUGUUCUUCACCUCCUGGUUCCCUUGGUUGUUUAAAUGGUAUACGUGUAUUAAGUAUGGCCUGGGUUAUUCUUGGACACUAUAUGUCAUUUUGUGUGAGGGUAAUAGAAAAUAAAACAGAUAUGAUUAAUAUGUCCAAGACGUUUUGGUUUCAAGUUAUUCUUAAUGGUACACUCUCAGUUGACACUUUCUUUUUCCUAAGUGGUCUGCUUGUAUCGUAUCUAUUUAUAAGAGAAGUGAAGAAAACUAGAAAAAUCUCAGCAAAGCAAAUGGGAUUGUUCUACUUUCAUCGAUUUUGGAGAUUAACGCCACUCUAUAUGAUAGUGAUAAUGAUAUAUACAAACAUUGCCAAGUAUUUUAAUGAAGGACCUUUAGAAGUUCCAGCUCUUGAAGAAAUGGCAAGAGACAGCUGUAGAAAGUAUUGGUGGACAAACUUAUUAUACAUCAAUAACCUUUACAAAUCUGGACAAAAUGAGAUGUGUAUGGCAUGGAGUUGGUAUCUGGCUAAUGAUAUGCAGUUCUAUGUACUCAGUCCAUUAGCUAUUGUCCCCCUGGCUCUCGGCUAUCGUGUUAUUGGAUUGUUGGUUAUAAUGUGUAUGGUUGCUUCUCAGAUUAUAUCUACUGGUUAUAUUGGGUGGGAUAUUGGAGAUCCUUCUCUUUUUUCACCAAACGCUGGGAGAUUUUUCACUGAGUUGUAUGUUAAACCAUAUGUAAGAAUCGGAGUUUACGCUAUUGGUUUGUUACUGGGAUAUGUUAUAAAUAAAAUCAAAGGCAAGCAGCAUAUUCCGAAGGUAGUAUUGUUUGUUGGAACACUAGUAGCAGGUACUGCAGGUUUAUUAGUAAACUACCUAACAUAUGAUCAGGUUAUUGGAGAUCAUACACCAUGGGGACCCGAUUCUAAUAUCACCUUUCAAACAUUAUUCAGACUUGUCUGGGCUUUAGUAUUGUUUUGGUUAAUAUUUGUGUGUGUUCACGGAUACGGCGGUUUUGUGAAUACAAUAUUAUCAUGGGGAGCCUGGAUACCACUUUCUAGAUUAACAUAUGCAGCUUAUUUAAUUCAUUUGAUAGUCAUGGCCUCGUUUACUGGAAAUAUGAGAGGUUUUGGAUAUACAAAUGGGUUUUAUAUCAUGAACAACUAUAUUGGUAUAUUUGCUAUAACUUAUGCUGCUAGUUUUAUUAUCUCGGUAGUAGUUGAAGCACCAUUCUUAGCUCUAGAGAAAGUUAUGUUAAAACGAUAAGAUGGAUGAUGGAAGUAUAAAAGUACAAGUAGAGCAACUGAUUUAUGUAGCAUAAUCUGUGAUAAAAGUUUUGAUUAAUAAAAUUCUUUAUAUUUUC